AAUAGCUUUCCACCAUUACCGGGAAAAAUGGCUCGUGGUCAGACAUGGAAUGAAGAGGAGGUGAAAGCCCUCCUAAAAAUAUGGGCAGACGAAAAUGUAUUGAAGUUACUGCUGACCACUCACAAAAACAAACAGGUUUUUAAGCUAAUUAGUGGGGACAUGGAGGCUUUGGGAUUCCCCCGCACAGCUUCACAGUGCCGCACCAAGGUAAAGAAACUUCGCCAACAAUACGUGAAAAUACGCAACAUGCUUAGGAACAAUGGCAGUACUGGCGACGCGAAGGAGCAGUUUCCUUGGUAUGAUGAACUAGAUGCCAUGCUUGGCAAUCUGCCGACAAGCAGCCAAUAUGUUUUGGAGUCCUGCAAGGAAGAGCCUCUGUCGCCAUCCAGCCUGGAGCUGAGCGACUCCGAAUCCACAGAGCAGGAUCAAGACUCAGACAAAAGGGCAGAUAAAAGAGCCGCCGACAUUAAAGCUGAAGAGACGCCCAUCACAAUCUCCCUGCUGGAUGAAGAGAGGAGCCGACCAAAAGUGACUGUACCCGGGGCUCAGAAAAGAAAGAAAAAUACAAAGGCUGAUAAGUUUGAGAAGAUGUUUGAGAGCUACCUGGAUGAGAAGAGAAAAAUGGAUGAGGCUGAAAGCGAAAGAAUGAAGCGGGAACAAGCCUCUUUUGAAGAGUUCUUAAAAAUGCAGCAGCAAGCUGAAGAAAGACGUUUCCAGUUAAUGCAAGAGCAGCAGAAGGCCAGCAGCAAGAUGUUCUUUCAGAUGAUGACUAGUUUCCUUCAUGCUGCAACGCCCCAAUCCAUGACACCAUCUACCCUGCAGCAGUCAAUGGCCCCUCCUCCAGUCACACCUCCUUUGUGGCCCUCUGCACAUACCCUCACUGACGACUCACCUUUGUGCAAUGGCCACCAGCAAGACACAGCAGGUAAUCCCCACACUGUACUUGCACCAGCCCAAACCUCACAGGAGCCAAACAUGGCAACCACAUCUCAGCAUUCAGCAUCUUCUGAUUGUGGUGAUGCCAACAGAGAUGUUUUGGAGUUUAGUUCAUAAUAUUGAAAAAGGGCCAAAUUACUCCUUUGUGAUGGUAUCUGUUAACUGUUUUAUUAUGUCAAAAUGACUUGUGUAAAAGUUAUUCAAAGAUACAUAUUUUGUUGUUUAGAAGAAUGUAAACAAAAAGGUUGAACAUUCA